UAAAAUUGAGGAAAUAAAGUGCACUUUCACAGCCAAACAUACAACCACUGGGAAAAAAAAUCAGAUUUUGAUUUUGACAUUAUUCACAGAUUUGGACUGUUUUCUUGGGGAUAAAAUGUAAAUUAUUAAUCAAUGAAUUAGUUUUCUGUGUGAUUUUACUUGAUAUUAUCUGUAACAAGAGAACAUCUGAAAGUUUCUUCUUCUUCUUUUAAACAGUUUAACUGUUGCCUUCUACAUCAGUAAAAAAAGAAAAGAAGAAGUGCAUUUCCAAAGCACACUUGCUGCAUAUUGGACCGUGAUUGCCAAACAAAAACAUAAAAUCUUCCUCUUGUGUUAAACUUAAGCACAAACAUUCACUCAUAGUCAAACUCUGCAACAUUCUGCAAGAUGAGGGGCAUAAAUUCAUGGGAACCAAAACACAAUUUUGAAGCUUGGGAGAAAUUAAUAACUAAAAUGUUAUUUAUGAUUUGGCUAAUCCCCAAAUGUGACUUUCUGUUUAAUUGCAGGCUGCAAUAAUAUUUAUUAGAAGACUCCUUAUAGCUCAGGUCUCAAAGUGUCAGUUGAGCUGCUGACUCCAGAACCAUGUGAGAAAAAAAUCUCCCUUUGGCUGAGGAGGGAUUGGGGAUGGAGAGCUGAACAACAGAGUAAAUAUUUGGCCAUGGAGAGCUCUUGGGAGCCGCAGAGAGCCCUCUCUGGCUGAAGCCCUGCGGGUGUUAAAUAGAUUAAGGGGGCUGUUGGGUCAUUGUGGAAAGAGAAAUUCCCGCUCUUUGGACAUGACUUUUUCUUUGCCUUUGCGUGUUUUUGCUCUCCAAUCGAGUGGCCUCUGCAAACUAUCCACUCCUAACCUGCAGUACUGUAAUCCUCUGCUGUUUGUCAACCACGAGGAGGGCCGCAGUGUACACAGAAAUACGGGAGGAGUCCAUGUAUUGAUGGCAAACACUUAAAAAGCUGCUCCUUUGGGUUUAAUGAAUAAGCAAUGCGGUGCGUAAAAGUCAUUAUUGGUGAAAAAAUCGGAUAAAGGUGCAUUUUUUGAGCGUGUAGGACUAAAAAAUAAAGGUCGUCGCUUUUGUUGAACCCUGAAAAUCUAAAAGGAGUUUAAUACGUCCUGAAUUACGCAUGUAAUAUUGCUCGGGGCUACAGACUUGGCGGCAGUAGACGCAGAGCAGUAGAUAGUGUCCCAGAUUCCUAUUCAGCUCCAUUGAAAACCAUGACAACACGGAACAAGCUCGGAUUUAUCCUGCAAAGUUAAAGGACAUUGUGCCGGGGCGUCAAUCAGGCAUUAUUGCGGGACUGAACAAAUGCAAAAUCUUGACUGGAACAAAUGCUUCCAACGGGUCUCGGACGCGGGGCUACAUUUUCCCCCUUUGUUCCCCUUCUCUGGUUGGCAUGUAUUUGUGUUCCCCCUCGUCCGACCACCCAGGACGAACUGGGGAGGCAGGUCCACCACCAGCAGCACCACUAACACCAGCAGCAGCAGCAGCACUCCGCUCCUCAGGCACCUCGCUGAAGUAGAUGAGGGUCGAUAUCAAUAUCAAAUACUUAGAGAGGGAGAGAGGGGGGAAAAAGCGAAACCCAGCCCCCACAUAAGGCUGGAUUCACGCUUUGCAUUUAAUGCGUUUUAUAUGAGACUAAAAGAGCCACACACCAGCGCGUAAAGCGUCAUGAUUGGGCCACUUUAACGUGACUGGAUACAAUUUUUAAAAGUAAUUAAAAGAGGAAAAGUAAUGCAUUAGAAGCCACAGUGGGUCCUUAAAGUUGUGCGCUUGCAGAAUGAUGGAUUAUUGCUAAUUUGUCUUGAUUACCAAUUAAUAAAAUCUUGUCAGCAGCAAUAAAUCACUGAUGCAAUUUAUCAGAAAGUGAAGCCGGAUGGUCGGAUGGAUGAGCUGCAAAGAUUUAUAAGGUGCAAUUAAUCUGCCCUUCAGAAAACAAUCUGUGAUUAUUAUUAUUUUGUAUAAUGAAGACACUUGCGUUUUUUAAUAUAUAAUAUUUUCCAGCAAGACUCCGAUAAUGAUAUAUUUCAUAUCAUCACAGCAGUGUUUUACUGUAUCGUCAUUUAUUAUCUCUUCAGUUUUCUCCUUAAAACUAUUAUUGUAGGUUAAAAAUCGCUUCUUAAACUUGAAAUUUACACAUUUUCCUUGCGUAAAAAUCACGCAAAACACUCAUAAAUCAUCCAGAACUGUCAAAAAGAAGGACCAUUCCCUAAAAUGUCAAAAAGAGGCCACUAGAACAAAUGUUUGGGAAUCCUCCGACCACCAUAAAACUUCUCACGCCCGCAGUUUGCGCGCCUCUAAUGGGAGUAUUAGUUAAACCAACUCGCAGGCAUCAACGCUAAUUGCUCACUUUGUAUGCAAAUAUUGGACACGUUUGUUUGGUAACGAGAGGAGGGGAGGGAUGAGAUGGAGGAGGGUGACGAGGGGAGGAGAGUGAGGAGGGAGAGUUUGAUGAUGGGACGGGCUCUGUUGUCAGCUGCCACCCAAGACGUGAUUCAGCUCCAACAAUUACCAUUAUCUGUUUCCCAGUUUGACGAUACGGGACGAAUCUGUAAUGAUGACGAGUGUUUCCUUCGCUCAUUGUUGAGUUUUUUUCAGACUCUUUCUCUGGGUCCACACCUAACUAUCAUUGGGUGACAACACUCCAGCUAUUCAGGGAGGAGGAGGCUUUAUAAGCAGGAGGAGUGUUUGCAGCUUAUGGAGAGCUGUUUGUGUAAACACUGAGUACGCGAACACACUGGUGUUUGGACAGUGCGUAAAGAGGAUCCUGUGCGUUUUUUCUCCCUUUUUUGGAUAGAUUUACUUCGAGUAUUUGCUUCUUUUUUUUUUUUUUUUUUUUUUUUUUUUACCGGGAUUUCAUGCGAGGACGGCAUGGCUGCACCCACCAAGUUCAGUUUUUCCGUCAGGAGCAUCCUGGAUCUGCCGGAGCGGGAUGCGGACGCAGCGCCGCGGUCCUCCCCGGUUUACUCUUCCUGCUCCUCCAGCUCGCCCUACACCUCCUGGAUGGAGUGCGACCGGAGCCCCUGCAUGUCCUCAGAUGAAUGCAGCUUUGAGGCCUCUCCAGACUCAACCAAGCCGGAUGACUCGUCCCUCGACUCGGAGCCAGAAAGGACCAAAAAAAGCAAGAAGCGCCGCGUUUUGUUCUCCAAAGCCCAAACCCUUGAGCUGGAGAGACGCUUCCGCCAGCAGCGCUACCUGUCCGGCCCGGAGAGGGAGCAGCUGGCCCGCCUCCUCAGCCUAACCCCGACCCAGGUGAAGAUCUGGUUCCAGAACCACCGCUACAAGAUGAAGAGAGGCCGAGCGGAAGGAGCGCUGCAGGACUUGGAGAUACCGCAGCCUCCGCCGCUGCUGCGCAGAGUCGUAGUUCCGAUCCUGGUGCGGGACGGGAAACCUUUUCACACCUGCUUACUUGACACGGAGAAACUUGGCUGCUUACCUCCAUCCUCUCAGGCGGUGCCCUUCCAUUUGGCCUACCCGUCUCUGCAGCAUCCAUCCGCGGUUCCUCUCCCUCCGAGGUACCAGCAGCACUUUCCGGCCGCGGCAGCCUCCAGAUUCGCCUGGAGAGACUUUUGGAGCGACUCGGUCCCCUUUAAUGCCUUCAAGUGAAGGCCUCGUUUUCAAUGCACAAACUCAUUUAGAAGGGCAUCAAAUGUUUUCUGAAUGUUUUGGAAAUUUUCGAGCUACUUAAACAUUUAGAUUUUUACUAUAGAAGGAAAAGAAAUUUUGCACAUUUUUAUUUGGAUAUUUUUACGCGUGUAUGUGACUGUUUUUGAAAGAUUUUCUCUGACAUGGCUUACUUGUGUAGUCUGUAGAUUUUUAAUUAUCCAGCAACAUAAUGUAUUUGUAUCUUUCUAAGCUUGUUUUGAAACAUAAUAUUUGUAUAUAAUAACUUUUGUUGAAGACAAAUGAGAUCCAGUAGGCUGCAUUAGGCGGUGUAAUAGAAGAGGAAUGCUGAGCAGCAGAGCCACUAGUAGCCUGAAGGAAGAAAUAAUGUUAUUUGUCGUCUUUAAGGAGACUUUUUAAAAGGUUUAACUGUUUCUUUUUGUGAACAAAAUUAUUAAUAAAACCUCUCAUAUUUUGUUUGAUA